AUGGUCGCGGCCAAGGCGGGCGGCCUGCGGUCGCCGCCGCGGGCGCGGUCGCCGCUGCGGACCAUGAGCGACGUCGAGGUGUCGUCGCUGAAGCGGCCGACGAGCUGCUGGUUCGAGGAGGAGGGCCCGUCGAAGCCGGACCCCGACGACCUCCUCGCCGCCGGCGCCAUGGACCUGGUGGCCUUGAUCGCGCGCGACGUGACCGCGCGGCUGCCCGUGUGCACGUACGACCGCGGCGCGGGCGCCUACGCCAUCUGCACGGCCGUCGCGACGCGGCGGGUCCAGGCGCGCGUGUCGCGGUCGCUCAAGGACUUCGCGCGGCUCCGGCGCGAGCUCUUGGCCGUGCUGCCGGAGCUGUCGAGCGUCAUCAACGUCAGCGACCUGAGCAACCUCGGCGGCUCCCUGGGCCGCGGCGAGGCGCUGCUGCCGUCGCUGCCCGCGCGGACGCUCAAGCGGCGGUCGACGCAAAGGGCCGUGGGCCGCGACGUCCGCACGCUCAGCGGCGACGGCACGGCGACCUGGUACGCGUCCAAGGAGCGCGCGCUGACGACCUGGAUCCGCGACACGCUCAAGGUCUUCGCCAACUGCCUCGCGCUCGCGGGAUCGUCGUCCGACGCCGCGCGCCUCGAGGCCAAGUCGCGCGCGGAGGCGCUCCUCAUCGGCUUCCUCCUCAAGUCGGCCAAGGUCGCCGUGCGCCGCGCCAGCGAGCUCGCGCCGACGCCGGCGGAGACGAGGAGCGCGCGCGCGGGGACGGUCUGA